CCACAGUGCUCUUCAGCUUCCUGCCCACUACUAUAUCUUCUGUUUACAAUAGAGUACAGGGGGCCCGCUCGCGCACAGGACAUCGUCCCAUGGCGCGCGUCGCGGCGCCUGCUGCACUGGCGCCUGCGCCGCCUGCUGCGCCAGAACGCGCAGGAGCGGCGCGUGCAGGCGGCGGCGGGGCCCGAGCCGCUGGACCAGCGCGCCGCCGCCGCCACGCUGCGCCGCUGGUUCACGGAGGACCGCGGCGAGACGCAGUCGCACCAGUGGGAGCACGACAACGAGGCCGUCUGCCGCUGGCUCGAGGCGCAGGCCGACGACCACGACUCGGUGCUCGAGCGCAACCUGCGCGCCAUCAAGCAGGACGCCGUCGUGCAGACCGUCAACCGCCUCGUCAUGGAGCUGACGCCGUCUCAGCGCACGGAGUUCGUGAGAAAACUCACGACCCUCGGGAUGGAACCGGACUUCAGCAACUGAUCGUCGCCGGCGACAGUUUUGCGAGGAAAAUGCAUCCUAUUUGUUAUGUAGUGAAGUCGAGAAUUGAUUGUAAUGUUGGGAUUUUAUAAAUACUAUUUAUUUUGUAUACUUUUAGUUGUUCAAUUGUCUUCUCGAUCGUCGAAGGUUGCCGAGGAGCACGUGACACGUGAU